ACGACUUUUGCAGCCUUGCUAUAGCCCAUGGUUUUUCCCAAAAAUUGGUCCCGAAAUGAUCCCCCAACAUUUCCUGAUCCAUAUUGAUGUCCUAUAUACUGAUGAGUGAUGGACCUACGUUAAUAAGAAAAGGGUUUCUCAAUGGCCAGACUGCAAUGCAUUGGGCAGCUAAGUUACAAUUACUGGAGGCACUGAUGUUCAGUGGUGGGAAAGUUGACAUCAAAUCAGUUGAAAUAAUGAUCAGUCAGAGAUUGAUGAUGAGAGAUAUUCAUGUAGGCAUAGCCUGUGUGCAUUUAUUUCUAGUUACUUUGUGUGUACUAUCAACUGAUGAGAAGAAACUGCUGCAAGAUGAUAUUCAUUAUUUUACUAAUUGGAGUUACUGCAGUAAGAAUAGAUGUAUCAUUUGGAUAUUGAUUCUUCUCAUGCUAAUAGAGAGCAACACCGACUACUACAAGCUUAACUAUGCUUUUGUUGAUCCUCCACUGCCUUAUAAAAAUGGUCAGCGUGUCAGCUAUGUUGCAAACAUUGACAUUUAUAAACAGGAAAACUGGCACCUUGUACAUAUUUUUGCAGCAGUUGAAGAGUCUUUUGGGAACAAGACAAUUAAUGUGGCCAUAAUAGAUGAUAACUUUAAUGCUUGUGACUUAGCUGUUGACAUUCUGCAUCGACCUUGUCCCAUACCUCCUGGAAAUUACAAUAUAUCUGGGACGUUUGACAGCUUUAAUUUGUUUCCAGUGGGGCAAUAUUUUGUCAAAACUGCUGUCUUUACAGAACAAGGAAAGAAAAUUGUUUGUCUUACUGCCAAUUUUACUGUAAUAAACUAGAUGUGUGUGUACAUUAAAAGUGUAUAUUUGAUACACUUUUCAUUCAGAAUUGUAGUGAACGUAUAUACUGUUUUCGUAGUUGAUAUGUUAGAAA